UUAACUUUUCAGCUGGUUGCGAGCCGGUUCAGUUUCCGUUCAUUGUGUGCCCCGCCUUUCAUACUAUUCGAUUCUUCUCCCCCGCCGUAUACGCAGAGUUACGUCCCUAAUCCCAAAAAUUCUCACAAGAGGUGCACGUGGUGUAGGCACUAGACACGAUCAGAAGCCAUGGCGGAGGAUAUAGGUUCGCCGAUGGACAGGUUCUGUGGAUCCACAUUCUGGAACUCCACAGAGACCUGGUAUACAAAAAAUCCGGACUUUACGCCCUGCUUCGAACAGACGGCCCUCGUGUGGAUGCCCUGCGCCUUCUACUGGGCGUUUGUGGUCUUUGAUUUCUAUUAUCUGAAGGCCAGCCUCGACAGAAACAUACCAUGGAACAAGCUGAGUGUGAGCAAGAUGCUGGUGAAUCUCGGACUGUUGGUGAUCACAGCCCUCGACCUGAUCAUGGCCCUGGUGAAGAAGGGCGGCGACUCGGAGCUACCACUGUACGACCUUGAUGUGUGGGGCCCCAUCAUCAAGUUUGCCACCUUCCUGCUGAUCUUCAUCUUCAUACCGCUGAAUCGGAAGUACGGCGUGCAGACGUCAGGCUGCCAGUUCAUUUUCUGGUUCCUUUUGACCGUCCUCUCUAUACCGCGCUGCCGCACGGAGGUGCGUGCCGCAGCGGAUCGCAGCAAAAUCGACGACUCGCAGCAGCCAUCCGAAUCGGACUUCUCCUGGGAGGAGUACAUGUACGUGAGCUUCUUUGUGUCGUUCACGCUCUACUGCUGUAUGCUGCUGCUCAAUUGCUUCGCCGACGGCCAGCCCACUCAGACCAAGUACCAGCGAGGCGAGAACGAGAUACCCGAACUGUCGGCCAGUUUCCUGUCGCGGAUCACGUACCAGUGGUUCGAUAAGAUGGCCCUCAAGGGCUACCGCAAUCCGCUGGAGGAGAAGCAUCUGUGGGAUCUGCGUCCUCAGGACAGCUGCUCCGAGGUGAUGCCCAUCUUUGCCUAUCACUGGAACCAGAAUGUGCGCAAAAACUACAAGGGCCGCUCCAAGGCGGAGCCCAAGGCGCAGUUCAGUAAUGGCAAUGUGACGUUCGAGAAUCCGCAUGGAGAGAAGACUGGACGCAAGAAGGGCAUGGCCAGUAUUAUGCCGCCAAUUUACAAGUCCUUUGGUGGCGUCUUCCUGUUCGGAGCCCUCAUGAAGCUCAUCACCGACACCCUGACAUUUGCCCAGCCGCAGGUGCUUAGUCUGAUCAUUGGCUUUGUGGAGGACCAGAGGACCGAUCCCCAGCCCGAAUGGAAGGGCAUCCUGUUCUCCGUUACGCUCUUCGUCCUGGCUGCCGCCCAGACCUUCAUUCUUGGCCAAUACUUCCAUCGCAUGUUCAUUGUUGGACUGCGCAUUCGCACGGCUCUCAUCAAUGCCAUCUAUCGCAAGGCCCUGCGCAUCUCCAAUGCCACCAAAAAGGAGUCCACUGUCGGCGAGAUUGUCAACCUGAUGGCCGUGGAUGCUCAGCGUUUCAUGGAGUUGACCACGUACCUGAACAUGAUCUGGUCGGCGCCCCUGCAAAUCGGUUUGGCUCUGUAUUUCCUGUGGCAGCAAUUGGGCCCGUCUGUGCUCGCCGGUCUGGCUGUGAUGAUCAUACUCAUUCCGGUGAAUGGCGUGAUUGCCAGUCGCAUCAAGACCUAUCAGAUACGUCAAAUGAAGUACAAGGACGAGCGCGUCAAGCUGAUGAAUGAGGUUUUGAGUGGCAUUAAGGUCCUCAAGCUGUAUGCCUGGGAGCCGAGCUUUGAGAAGCAAGUGCUGGACAUACGUGACAAGGAGAUAGCCACUCUACGAUCGACGGCCUAUCUGAAUGCUAGCACAUCCUUCCUCUGGUCAUGUGCCCCCUUCCUGGUUUCAUUAGUCACAUUUGCCACUUACGUUCUAAUCGAUGAAAAUAAUGUGCUUGAUGCCACCAAAACCUUUGUCUCAUUAUCAUUAUUCAACAUUCUUCGUUUUCCGCUAACAAUGUUGCCCAUGCUGAUCACCAACCUGGUGCAAACGCAAGUUUCUGUGAAGCGUAUAAACAAGUUCCUGAACAGUGAAGAACUUGACCCCAACAGCGUGCUCCAUGAUUCCUCCAAACCCCAUCCCAUGAGCAUUGAGAAUGGCGAAUUUUCGUGGGGCGAUGAGAUUACGCUUAGAAACAUCAACAUUGAGGUGCGUAAGAGCAAUCUGGUGGCCCUGGUGGGCACCGUCGGCUCCGGUAAGUCCUCGGUGGUGCAGGCCUUCCUCGGCGAAAUGGAGAAGCUUGCGGGCGUUGUCAACACGGUGGGCAAGAUGGCCUAUGUGCCCCAGCAGGCGUGGAUUCAGAAUGCGACGGUCCGUGACAACAUCCUCUUUGGGCAGCAGUACGACCGGAAGCGCUACAACAAGGUGAUCGAUGCCUGCGCCCUGCGUGCCGAUAUCGACAUUCUGUCGGCCGGAGAUCUCACGGAAAUCGGUGAGAAGGGCAUUAAUCUCUCAGGUGGCCAAAAGCAGCGCAUCUCCCUGGCCAGAGCGGUGUAUUGCGAUGCAGAUCUCUAUCUGCUGGACGAUCCCUUGAGUGCCGUCGACUCGCACGUAGGCAAACACAUCUUCGAGGAAGUGAUCGGACCGAAGGGACUCUUGGCACGCAAAUCUCGCAUUUUGGUCACGCACGGUGUCACCUUCCUGCCGCAGGUGGACAGCAUAUAUGUGUUGAAAAUGGGCGAGAUCAGUGAAAGUGGUACAUUCGAUCAGCUCGUGAAGAACAAGGGCGCCUUUGCCGACUUCAUUAUCCAGCAUCUGCAAGACGGCAAUGCCGAGGAGGAAGAGCUCAAUCAGAUUAAACGCCAAAUCUCUAGCACCGGUGAUGUCCCUGAAUUGCUUGGAAGUGUCGAGAAGGCCAUUAAGCUGGCGCGCACUGAAAGCCUGUCGGAUUCCAUUUCGGUUACCUCUGCCGACAGUCUGAUGGGCACUGGCAGCGGCGGCAGUCUGCGACGUCGCACCAGGCGCCAGAACUCGCACGAUUCCGUUGCCUCGGCCGCUUCGCUCAAGAAGAAGCAGGAGGUCGAGGGCAAGCUCAUCGAGACGGAAAAGUCCCAGACUGGGGGCGUCGACUUUGCCGUCUACAAGCACUACAUCAAGAGCGUUGGCAUCUUCCUGUCGGUGGCCACGCUCGUGCUGAACUUUGUAUUCCAAGCAUUCCAAAUCGGCUCCAAUCUGUGGCUAACCAAGUGGGCCAACGAUGAGAAUGUUGGCAACGAUACGGGACUCAGGGACAUGUACCUCGGUGUCUAUGGCGCAUUCGGUUUCGGUCAAGGUGUGUUAGCCUACGCUGCGGUCGUGGUCGUCUACAUGGGCGGCUUCAAGGCGGCCAAGGUGAUACAUAAUGAGCUCCUGUAUGUGAUCAUACGGGGCUCCGUGUGCCGCUUCUUCGAUGUGACUCCGCUGGGACGUCUCUUGAAUAGUUUCAGCGGUGACAUGGAAAUCGUCGACGAAGAGUUGCCCGCCACCCUGGACUCCUUUAUGACCUUCAUUUGGAUGGUUCUGGCUACCAUUGUGGUUAUUAGCAUGUCCACGCCCAUUUUCCUGGCCGUGAUCGUGCCCAUCGCCCUGCUGUACUACUUCGCUCAGCGCUUCUACGUGGCCACCUCCCGACAGCUGAUGCGUCUGGAGUCCGUCUCACGUUCCCCGAUCUACUCGCAUUUCGGCGAGACCGUGACUGGAGCCCCCACCAUUCGUGCCUACAACGUCGGCGAUCGUUUCAUUGAGGAGUCCGAUGCCAAGGUGGACAAGAACCAGGUGUGCAAGUAUCCCUCGGUGAUAGCCAACCGUUGGCUGGCCAUCCGCCUGGAAAUGGUCGGCAACCUGAUCAUCCUAUUCGCCUCGCUCUUCGCCGUGCUGGGUGGACAGACCGAUCCCGGCCUGGUGGGUCUUUCGGUGUCGUAUGCCCUGCAGGUGACACAGACCCUCAACUGGCUGGUGCGCAUGAGCUCGGACAUUGAGACGAACAUUGUGUCCGUGGAGCGCAUCAAGGAGUACGGAGAGACCAAGCAGGAGGCUGCCUGGGAGCUGGAGCAGGACAAGGACAAGCCCAAGCACUGGCCCGAGGAGGGACGCGUCGAGUUCCAGAACUUCCAGGUGCGCUAUCGCGAGGGCCUAGACCUGGUGCUGCGAGGCGUCAGCUUCAACAUCACCGGCGGCGAGAAGGUCGGCAUUGUGGGACGCACAGGUGCCGGUAAAUCCAGUCUGACGCUGGCAUUGUUCAGAAUCAUUGAGUCUGCCGGCGGGCGCAUCAUGAUCGAUGGCGUUGACAUCGCUGGCAUGGGUCUGCACAUGCUACGCUCUCGCCUGACCAUCAUUCCCCAGGACCCUGUCCUCUUCUCUGGCUCUCUGCGCAUCAAUCUCGAUCCCUUCGAGAUCAAAACCGAUGACGAGAUCUGGAAGGCCCUGGAGCUGUCCCACUUGAAGUCGUUUGUCAAGAGUCUGACUGCGGGUCUCAAUCAUGAGAUUGCCGAGGGCGGCGAGAAUCUCUCGGUGGGUCAACGCCAGCUGGUGUGCCUGGCGCGUGCCCUGCUGCGCAAGACGAAGCUCCUGGUUUUGGAUGAAGCCACGGCUGCUGUGGAUCUGGAAACAGAUGAUUUGAUUCAGAAAACAAUUCGCACGGAGUUCAAGGAGUGCACUGUCCUGACGAUUGCCCAUCGAUUGAACACCAUUCUGGACUCGGACAAGGUGAUUGUGCUGGACAAGGGCCAGAUCACCGAGUUCGCCUCGCCCACAGAGCUGCUGGACAAUCCCAAGUCGGCCUUCUACAGCAUGGCCAAGGACGCCAAUCUAGUUUAAGGAUCUACGAAUGUCAAAACGUCCAACCACGAAACUCAUUUGAAGGUGUCUGCCCCCUGAAUCAAUCAAACCCCAAGCAAAAAGAACCCUAGCAAUAGAUGUAGUAGAUGUACUAACUAAUUCAUUGAACGGUAGCUUUAAAUCAAUCAAUUGGCAAUUGGCAAUUGGCAAAUGGCAACUGGCAACUGGCUCUACCUCAUGGCUAAAAAUGUAGCGGCAGCAACUAGAAACAAAGCAAACGGAAACAAAUAUGAAACAGAAACCAGAAAGAGAUGAAAACCAAGAGAUAAGCAAAUACCAACUAAUGUUCAUAGCUUAAGCGAAAAACCCCCCCCCACAUUCAAAAAGGAAAACCAGUUGUGUCUUCGUCGGUUACUUAAUAACUCUUAUGUGCGUCCUUUUUUUAUUUGUAUGUAAUAUAACAGUAUGUAUGUAUUUACAUAGUCAAGUCGCGUAUUUUUGUAUUGUCUAUUGUACUUAGUUUUCUAAAACAACAACACAACCGAUGGAAACUUGAGGAAAGUUCAAGGAAAACUCUUAUGUAUGCCACGUAUUUAUGUACUUAAAAUAACUGCAAGUGAAACGAAACUCUCACUCAAGAAUUUUCUGCCUUCAACUGAUGCAAUCAGUUAGUUAACGGUCAAUGUAGUUAAAACAAUCUUGAAACUUUUGUAAAAUGUAUACUUAAAUAAUCUAAUAAACUAAUGGGUUGACAAAUGAAACCCAGCCAAAAUCCCACUGAAAAACGAUGGUAGUUU